AUCUGAGGAAAGAAAACAAGUACUUGUCCAAUGAGAUUCACAUGGAGCGGAUCAUGAUGCGCACAGAGAAUGAGCUGACAAUGAGGAACCUCAGGAACCUGAACCAGGAGUUGCAGGCUCAAAUCAAAGAGCUGAAGCAGAAGCUGUACCAGAGCCAGCAGAGGGCCACGCUGUGCUCCCGAGCUGCAGACGAGGCUAAGGAGUCCAGAGGGGAGGCAGAACAGAGCAGGGCCCUGGCCGAGGCCCGGGCCCUCGGAUGUCAGCGGGACAAGGAGGUAGCCGAGGCUGACAGAGGACGCCUGAGCGAAGAACUGCAGCAGCUUAAAAAGGAGCACACUGAUCUGCAGCUGUUACUGGCACAAACAGAGAAGAACUAUUUUGAAACUAAGCUGAAGCUGGACCGGCUGUCUGGAGAGAAACAGGCUCUGCUGCAGGAGAAUAGGAGCCUGCAGGCAGACAGAGAUGACCUCCGACACAGACUGAGGCAAAUCACACAGGAAAAUGUCCAGAUUAAAGAGAGCGAGCUGAAUUCGAGGCGCAGAGCGAUGGCGUCAGAGGAGGAGAGCAAAAAGGCCAACCAGGCUCAGCGGGAGGCCGAGGCCGAGAGGCGUCUAGCGGAGAAGGAGAGGCAGGAUAGGACGGCCGAGUGUCUGAGCUGGAGGGAGAAGCACCAAGAGCUAGCCAACACGUUCCGAGCUCAGGAGGACCUGAAGGCUCUGAGGCAGAACAAAGCAUGUCAAGCCAACAUUAAGAGCUACUUCCUGUGCAUGACCGAAAGUGAUCAGAGGGUUAAAAUCCUGAAAAAUCCAGAUGGCAACCCAAGAAACUUCACGGAGGGAGAUCCUGUGUACAUUUCCACUCCAGAGUCCAGUCCUGAGGAGCCUGAGAGGAGUUCGUCCAGGACCAUGUUCAGGGUCUCUGCCCCACACAUGGGAAGGGAUCUGGGUCCGAGUCACUUCGAUGAGCUGCCCGCCUUCGGAGGGGAGCGACCCGACUCGGCCCCUACUCGCAGAAGCAGGAAGGUGGUGGAAUACUUCUGGAUCCCGACAGAUCAAGAAUGAAUCUGUGGACUCUUUGGCCGAGCUGCUCACCAACCACCAGACUGAAACUUGUACAGUUUUCAUCUCAGAUGUUAGUGUACCAUAGUGUGAAGUGUUUUGUUGUAGGGUUGGAAUAUGUGAAGAAAAGCAGCGAAAAUAAAGUGAA